UUAGUGUUCUGUUGCUCACUAAAAUACAUUAAACCACACGUUGAAAUCCAUAUUUAAAGACGUUGAUAUGUUUAAAGUGUAAUCCUUUUUCUUAGUUACGAUCAAAUUUCAAGAAAGUGGACUUUGUCGAGUUAUCUCCCAUCGCACACUCAGUAACUGUCAAGUGGUUUAUCUCUUUAAGUUAUUUGACAGAGGAAAAGUUGUCAUUUCUAAUCCGACACAUUACACUGACGAGAUGAAGUCAAUGACAGCUUUGACAGUUCUUCUAAUCUCUAUAUGGUCACAGAGCCAGGUUUCUGCUGAUGAGUCUACAAAAUUAAAACUCAAACCAUACGAUCCAUUACUGGAACAAGAGCCUAACGGUCUGGAACAACAGUUGGCUAAACUUGUGUACGUCUUAGACUCAUUCAAAGAUGAAUGGUCCAGAUCAAAUCAUGAAGAAAUUUUAAAAAGCGUGAUGAAAAUAAAGCCAACUAUUUCCAACCUCAUCAAAAGAAAUCUUAAAAACUGUGAUAUUGAUGCAUUAGAACACGUAGUUGAAGAUCUGGUCAAUACUACAGUUGGCUUUUUGACUAAUGUGUCAGGGUCGGUGGAAGCAAUCUGCAACCAGGUUUACCAAUGUGCCAACGAUGGCUUCCCCAAGAGUUUAGGAUGUUUUCUCGAGUUGCCGCAGAGCUGUGAAAGCUACAUACAGGACAUCCAGGAGCAACUGAAUGAGUUUCUUCCCAAAGCUAACAAACUGGCAUUGAAAAUUGCAACUGAAAUUGUUAAUUGUUUGCCUUAAAUAAACACUUUUUUAUUUGUCAUAGUCCUUUGUGAAUAAAUUAUUGAAUGCA